CAAGUAUACAGGUGCUUUAACAUCGCAUUGAUGUCUCGUUUUAAAAGAGGAGCACACGUGGACUCCAGAGCAGGAUUCAGACAAGAGAAGGAAGACUGUCCUGUUCCGUAUGGCUUACUGAAAGCUGCUAGAAAGAGCGGGCAGCUCAAUCUGUCCGGGCGCGGUCUAACCGAAGUUCCUGCUAGUGUAUGGAGGUUGAACUUAGACACACCUCAGGAAGCCAAGCAAAAUGUGUCUUUUGGAGCUGAAGAUCGGUGGUGGGAACAGACUGAUCUGACCAAACUGCUUCUGUCCUCCAACAAACUCCAGAGCAUCCCUGAUGAUGUUAAACUUCUGCCUGCCCUGGUGGUCCUUGAUAUCCAUGACAAUCAGCUUAGCUCGCUGCCAGAUUCUAUUGGAGAUCUAGAGCAGCUACAGAAGCUGAUAUUGAGUCACAAUAAACUGACAGAAUUGCCUUCGGGUGUCUGGAGACUCACAAACCUGCGAUGUCUCCAUCUGCAACAGAAUCUCAUUGAACAGAUUCCUCGAGAUCUAGGGCAGCUGGUUAACUUGGAUGACCUUGAUCUUUCCAACAAUCAUCUAAUAGAUAUUCCAGAAAGCCUUGCAAACCUCCAAAAUCUUGUGAAGUUGGAUUUGUCCUGCAACAAGCUCAAGAGUCUUCCUCCUGCCAUCAGUCAAAUGAAAAACCUGAGAAUGCUGGACUGUUCCCGAAACCAGAUGGAGAGCAUUCCUCCUGUCCUGGCUCAGAUGGAGUCCCUUGAACAGCUUUACUUGAGACACAACAAGCUACGCUUUUUGCCUGAACUGCCCUGCUGUAAAACACUGAAGGAACUUCAUUGUGGAAAUAACCAGAUUGAGGUAUUGGAGGCAGAGCAUCUGAAGCACCUGAACGCUCUGAGUUUGCUGGAGCUCAGAGAUAAUAAGGUGAAGAGCCUUCCUGAGGAAAUAACCCUACUGCAAGGCCUGGAGCGCCUGGAUCUUACUAACAAUGACAUCAGCAGUCUGCCGUGUGGACUUGGCACAUUACCCAAACUGAAGUCUUUGUCCUUGGAAGGCAACCCACUGAGGGCAAUCCGCAGAGAUCUCCUGACUAAAGGCACUGGUGAACUCCUAAAAUAUCUCAGAAGUCGUGUACAAGAGCCACCUAACGGAGGCUUGAAAGAAGAACCAAAAACAGCAAUGACUUUCCCAAGUCAAGCUAAAAUUAAUGUACAUGCCAUUAAAACGCUGAAAACACUGGACUACAGUGAAAAACAAGACGCAUCGAUUCCGGAUGAUGUGUUUGACGCAGUUGAUGGUAAUCCUGUGGCCAAUGUGAACUUUAGCAAAAAUCAGCUGACGGCUGUUCCACACAGAAUUGUGGAUUUAAAGGACACUCUGGCAGACAUUAAUCUUGGGUUUAACAAGCUAACGACCAUUCCGGCGGACUUUUGUCAUUUGAAACAGCUGAUGCAUAUAGAUCUCAGGAACAAUUUACUGAUCUCACUGCCAAUGGAGCUGGAAGGCUUAAUCAAACUGCGGAGUGUUAUUUUGUCUUUUAAUAGGUUUAAGUCAUUCCCAGAAGUGCUGUACCGAAUCCCAUCUCUAGAAACCAUUUUAAUCAGCAGCAAUCAAGUUGGAGGCAUUGAUGCUGUCCAAAUGAAGACCUUAAGUAGGCUGUCAACCCUGGAUCUGUCCAACAAUGACAUCAUGCAAGUGCCACCGGAACUCGGCAACUGUACCAGUCUGAGGGCUCUAAUGCUUGAUGGGAAUCCUUUCCGUAAUCCAAGAGCUGCCAUCCUUAUUAAAGGCACAGAUGCUGUCCUUGAGUAUCUCCGAAGUCGUAUUCCAACAUGAAAAUGAAAGACAAUUCAGCCGUCUUUGAAAAAAAAAAAAAACUAUCAAUUUGUGUGCCAUAACACUUUAUUUGCACUUCUUGACCGUAUAUACAUAUUAAAAAAAUGAAAAGACACGAUUUAUCUUCUUCCACUUGUUUUAAUUAAUGAGACCUGCCAUUAUACCCUUCAAAUAAAUAAUUAUGAAUUUUGUACUGAUUUCCUUUUGAAACCAAACGCAUGCUUUGUAAUAAAAUUAAGAGAACAACUGAACAACAAAAACAUGCUUGUUUUAAGUUUUGUAAUUGGUUUUGAACGUUUCAAUUUUUCAUUACAAAAGCACCAAAUAAAUGAUGACAUGAAAGAC